UCUCUUUCACAUUUGUUACUUGAUCUUUGAACUACCUCACCUGAAUUUCUGCAUUGUGGACUACAAAGGAGACGUUUCGUAAAUUUUCUAGUUCUUAAGCUCCUUAUUGAGCGAGUUUUUGUUUGAAAUGGCAGAAGAGAUUCCAAAUACUGAAAGGGUGGAGAAAGUUGGCGACUUGACCGUGUAUGUUGUGGGCGAAGAUUCCAAGGAUAAAAAAGACGAGAAGGAAAACAUCAAAAAGAAGGAGGUCAUGAUAACAUUUCAUGAUGUUGGAAUGAACCAUAAAACAUGCUUUGAAAGGUUCUUCCAACAUGAAGAUAUUGUCCACCUACUGGAUCGCUUUGUUAUUUACCAUGUGGAUGCCCCAGGACAGGAAAGUAAGGCAGAAAACCUGGCACCUGAUUAUCAGUACCCAUCCAUAACAAAACUAGCAGAGAUGGCUGGUAAUGUGAUUGACCACUUCAACUUGAGUGAUGUAGUUUGUUUUGGAGUUGGAGCUGGAGCAAAUGUUCUCACAGAAUUGGCAGUAUCAAAAUGGGGAGAGAAAGUUGCAGGACUAGUUGUGGUUGAACCAGGCAUUUCUGCUGCAAGCUUCAAAGAAUGGGGUGCAGGAAAGUUUAGAGCACAUCAACUAGACAAGAAAGGAUUUACAGAAGAUACUAUCAAAUACCUCAUGUGGCACCAUUUUGAGAGGGACUCUGGGAAGCCAAAAGUGGAGUUGGAAGAUCAAUUUAUGAAGGAUGUUAAAGAGCACAUGAAUCCACAUAAUGUGGCAGCAUUCAUUAAGGCCUACAAUAGUCGUGGUGAUCUAAUGAAGGACAUGAAGGGCCACAAACUUGACGCAAAGACAGGAGUCCUUGUGGUGACUGGUGAACAUUCUCCUCACCGCAAGAAUACGGAAGAUAAGUUUUACUAUGGUGACGUACUGAAGCAGACAGAUGUGAAAAUCAAGAGUCUUCUCACCCCUGACUGUGGAGCUAGUGUCUUGGAAGAAAAGCCUGAGAAGAUGGCAGAGGGACUGCUGCUGUUUAUCCAAGGACUUGGACUGGUCCCAACACUGCGAACACGUUCAAUGUCUCGAACCAGCUCAACAUCAUCUACAGGAUCUAGAACCCAGUCCAUGAGUGAGGAUUAGGUCCAAUUUGAUGACUAUUUUGGUCCCAUUCCAGUAGAUACAUUUGUGAGUUAUGGAAUGUGAACUUGGAUUUAAGCACGUCUACAAUGAUUAUUUUAACCAUGGAUGUAUGAUGUGGAUAAAAAGUAAUGCUAGUGACGUAGAUUGGCAUUCGAUAAGAUGAUUUGUAAAAAUUAGCUCUGAAUGCUGAACCAAACUUGAUAAAAUGAAAGGAAAUACUCUCUCGUGUUUUUCUGCUCUUUCAGAAGCUUCAUAGCUAGUCAGUCUUAAACCAGUAGAAAAAUGUAAGAAUGUGAAGUAGAAUCAUGUUUGUCAUUGUCAUGGAUACUUUCUGUUUUAUGUAGUCAUUUCACUGCAGCCUCAAAAAUAAAAUUUGUGACUAGUUCC